CUAAGCCACAUAAUAUUUAGUUCUAAAAAAGAUGCAUUUUUUACUGAAAAGUUGGCUCCUUGCCAUCUGCCGUUUGGUUUCUACGAGAUUCAAUCCCCCAAUAUCGGACGAGUCACCGAAAGGAGUCCGCCACGGCUAAAUCACGGCCGCGUCAACGAAGCCAUUACAACCACUCAGGCGAGAUCCCUCGCCAUCUCUAUCUACCACGCGCCAUCUCUCUUCUGUCACCAUGUGAAGAAUAUGCUGUUUUCAUGAGAAAGGAUUUGACGGAUGACCUCAGCUUAAGGUUUCUUUCUUCUAUAUUACCAGCUCCUUCUUUCCGCGGAUCGAAUUCUUCCGCGGGAGCCGGCAAUCUUUGAAGGGGUUUCUGAUUCAUAUCGUGGAGGUUUUUAAAAAAAUCUAGCAUCCGGAGUCCUGUUUUCUUUCCCCGGUUCGAUUCUAAGCGUUUUCGGAUCGCAGGAGUUGGCGAUUUUAUAACUGAGACUUGCUUAUUCAGCUUCAAGAUGGUUAACUUUGGCAAGAAAUUGAUGAAGGAUCAAAUUCCAGAGUGGAAAAGAUGCUACAUUAACUACAAGCUAAUGAAAAAGAGAGUGAGACAAUAUGCUGAACAAAUUCAGAAUGGUGGGGACCGUCGCCAAUUUCUUAAAGAAUUUUCGAGGAUGCUAGAUGAUCAGAUUGAAAAGAUUGUACUCUUUUUACUGGAACAACAAGGACUUCUUGCUAGUAGGAUUGAACAAUUGGCGGAGCAACGUGCUAAUCUUUCAGAACAGCCCGACUUUUCAAAGAUAUUGGAACUUACGGAAGCAUAUAAGGAAGUUGGAUAUGAUCUCGUAAAACUUCUUAAAUUUGUUGAUCUUAAUGCUACUGGCAUUCGCAAGAUUUUGAAGAAGUUCGACAAACGAUUUGGGCAUAGAUUUACAGAUUAUUAUGUGACCUCGCGGGCAAAUCAUCCAUACUCUCAACUGCAACAAGUCUUCAAACAUGUGGGACUGGGGGCUAUUGUUGGUGCCCUUUCUCGUAAUCUUGCCGAUCUUCAGUAUCGUCAGGGAAGUUAUCUAUCCAUCUAUGAUCAGCCAUCAGAUGCUCUAAAGGAUCCUAUUAUUGAUUUGAUAAAUGCGUCAGUAGAUAAGCUAACAAAUUCGACAAAUUUCCUUAAAUUUUUGGGACAACAUGCUCUUAUUAUACAAGAAGAGAUACCUAGCUCAGGAGAAGAAGAAGUUGUUGAAACAAAAUAUCAUUUUGCUUCGCUCCUCUUAAACCUGUCAAAUACUUUUCUUUAUAUGGUAAAUACAUAUAUAAUUGUCCCAACUGCUGACAAUUACUCCAUAAAACUUGGAGCUGCUCCCACAGUUUGUGGAAUCAUAAUCGGGUCAAUGGCUGUUGCGCAAGUAUUUUCUUCUGUUUAUUUCAGUGCCUGGUCAAAUAGAUCGUACUUCAAACCGCUUGUUUUCAGCAGUAUUGUACUGUUUUUGGGUAAUAUUUUGUAUGCGUUGGCUUACGACAUGGAGUCUUUAACGGUGCUGCUUGUUGGCCGACUACUCUGUGGUCUGGGUUCAGCAAGAGCUGUAAAUCGGCGGUAUAUUAGUGAUUGCGUGCCUGUAAAGAUUCGCAUGCAAGCUUCGGCUGGAUUUGUUAGUGCCAGUGCUCUUGGAAUGGCUUGUGGACCUGCCAUUGCUGGCUUGCUUCAAACUAAUUUCAAGAUCUAUUCUCUGUCUAUUAAUCAAAACACACUACCUGGUUGGGUUAUGGCGUUUGCUUGGCUGAUUUAUCUGAUAUGGUUAUGGAUUUCAUUCAAAGAGCCAAAUCAUGAUAUUAAAGAGAAGAUGGCGCCGCAGGAUAAUACUGCUGGGCAUGUUGGCAUAGGGGAAAUGGAAAGGGGUCUUGCUCAUCCUCUGCUAUUACAUUCGGAAGAUAAAGAAAAUGACGGCGGAGAUGAAUUUGAUGAUAGUGAAGAGGCUCCAGAGGACUCUCGCGCGCCGGCAAAUUCCAUUGUUUCAGCUUACAGGCUCCUUACACCAUCAGUAAAGGUUCAACUAUUGAUCUACUUCAUGCUCAAGUUUGGAAUGGAGAUUUUGCUGUCAGAAUCAAGUGUCAUCACUGAAUAUUAUUUCAAUUGGACUACCAGUUCUGUCGCCAUAUUCCUUGCAAUACUUGGGCUCACGGUUCUUCCUGUAAAUGCCAUUGUGGGAAGUUACAUAUCCAACUUGUUUGAAGACAGGAAAAUCUUACUGGCAUCUGAGAUUAUGAUGUUAGUCGGCAUAGCCUUAAGCUUCCAUGUCACCAGCUCAUAUACAGUGGCUCAAUACGUCUCAUCUGCACUCAUCACAUUUGUAUCCGCAGAAGUACUUGAAGGUGUUAACUUAUCCCUCCUGUCGCAAGUGAUGUCGUCUCGGCUUGCUCGAGGAACCUACAAUGGCGGGCUUCUGUCGACAGAGGCCGGAACGUUGGCUCGAGUCGUUGCAGAUGGCACGAUAACGUUGGCUGGAUACUGGGGCGAAAGCAGGCUUCUGAAUACCACUCUUCUCCCUUCUUUAUUGAUUUGCAUUGUCUCUAUUGCUGCCACAUUCCUUACCUUCAACUCUCUCUUUUAAAGAGAGACAAACUAUAUUUCUUGGCUUGUUUUAUGAUGUUGGCUUUGGCUGUAUAUAGAGAAUUAAGCCAGCCAAUUCAUUUGAUUUAUUUUAUUUAAAAAAUGUAGCUUCUAAAUUUUGUGAUCAACAUGGUUUCAUUGCGCGCUCGAAUGUGCGGCCCAUUGGUUAGAAAUAAAGUGAAGAAUUUUCACGUCAUUUUGUUAAAGCUUAGAGUAAUUAUUUGGAUGUGCUUUAUAGCCAUCAUAUUUGUUUUAUGAUAAGUAGAAUAAAUUGACUUGUUAAUGAU